CUGUCCAGAGUGACACAGAAAAUGGCUUCUUCAAUGUCGGUGUGCUUCUCCUCCAAAGCUCUAGCUCGACCCAAUACUCAGAAUCCUCGCAGAAGCACUAACAAAAAGCAGUUCCGAAACCCUAAGAUCAGCCCUAAAUUUAAGAAGCAUAUCGGCACAUACAGACCGCCGCCUGAGCCGGUGAUGCUUCCCGGCGGCGAAGCCACCACCUAUACUCGUCUUCCUCCGAAGGAUGACUAUGAAUACUCCGCUCCCUCAUUGGAAGUCAAGCUUUAUGAGGCAAGCCCGGCAACAAUUAAGGAAGAAGUUGAUGAGCUGCUGGACGAAGAGGAAGAAGAUGACCUCAUUGAUGAAGAUGUUGUUCGUGGUAAUUUGGGAAGAAACUAUAAGAAAUUCGGAAUUUUUGAAGUCAAUGAUGAUUCUGAAUAUGAAUAUGGUGACGGAGAAGAACUAGAAGAAGAAGAUGAUGACGACGACGACGAUGAAAAGUUGGGUUUUAUGGGUAGCCCAAAUGCGAGCAUUUCUAGCAACGACGGAGGGGUUGAUUUAUUGGAGUUUCAAAAUGGUGACUAUGUCGCUUUAUCCGACGAUGCUGAGGACAUUUUUGAGGGGGGAGCUAUAAAGGAGAAGGGUGUGCCGGCUGUUAUGCGAUGUUUUGACCGUGCCAAAAUAUAUGUGAAGGCCGGGGAUGGCGGAAAUGGAGUCGUAGCUUUCCGUCGUGAGAAGUACGUGCCACUGGGUGGCCCGUCUGGUGGCGAUGGAGGGAGAGGAGGAAAUGUCUAUAUUGAAGUUGAUGGGUCUAUGAAUUCACUUUUGCCGUUUCGGAAUAGUGUGCAUUUUCGGGCGGGAAGGGGAGCUCAUGGACAGGGAAGGAUGCAAAGUGGGGCUAAAGGAGAAGAUGUGGUAGUGAAGGUGGCUCCAGGAACAGUGAUAAGAGAGGCGGGAAAAGAUGAAGUGGUAUUGGAAUUGCUACAUCCCGGGCAGAGAGCAUUAUUGUUGCCAGGUGGCAGAGGUGGGAGAGGAAAUGCAUCGUUUAAGUCUGGGACGAAUAAGGUCCCCAGGAUUGCUGAGAAUGGCGAAGAGGGUCCAGAGAAAUGGUUCGAGUUAGAGCUGAAACUGGUUGCAGAUGUUGGUAUAGUUGGUGUUCCAAAUGCGGGGAAAAGUACACUUUUGAGUGUGAUCAGUGCUGCCAAGCCAACAGUGGCAAAUUACCCUUUUACAACACUGCUUCCUAAUCUGGGCGUUGUUUCCUUUGACUAUGAUUCAACAAUGGUCGUGGCAGACCUCCCUGGUCUACUUGAAGGGGCACACCGAGGUUUUGGUUUAGGUCAUGAGUUUCUAAGACACACUGAAAGGUGCUCUGCCCUGGUGCAUGUUGUUGACGGCUCUUCACCUCAGCCUGAUCUAGAGUUUGAUGCAGUUCGUCUAGAGCUAGAACUAUUUAGUCCUGAACUUGCUGAGAAACCUUAUGUGGUUGCUUAUAACAAAAUGGAUCUUCCAGAAGCAUAUGAGAAGUGGCCAUCCUUUAGGGAAAAGCUACAAUCUCGUGGUAUCACACCUUUUGCCAUGAGUGCUGUGAAAAGGGAAGGUACUUAUGAAGUUAUCUGUGCUGCUUAUGAGCUUCUAUGCCAAUAUAAAGAGGCCAAAGAGGAAUGCCAAGAUGGAAGGGGUAUCGUAAACUUAAACCAUGUAGCCCAAGCAGUAGAAAAGGAGCGAAGUGCACCCAUCAGUGAUUUUGAGGUUUUUCAUGACAGCAGCACAAAUAUUUGGCAUGUAGUUGGAUCUGGAUUGCAACGUUUUUCUCAGAUGACAAAUUGGAGGUAUAUUGAUUCAGAGAGAAGAUUUCAACAUGUCCUUGAUGCUUGUGGUGUGUACAAGUCUCUCAUGAAACAAGGUGUAAAGGAAGGUGACACGGUAAUUGUUGGAGAGAUUGAGAUGGUUUGGCAUGAUUCUAAUGACAAGUCCAGUGCGUCCAGAAUGAAGAGGAGAUCCACAGACUCAGCUAAAUGGGCCGAAUGGAAGUAGUUCUGCUCUAUCUGGAUGCUGCUUGAAUAUGUGUACUGCAAUUUUAAAGGAGCAGUUUGUGUAGAGAGGCAAUGAAGCUAUGGAAGAUAAUGAGUUCGUGGCAGAACUGACUUAAGAAGCUAGGCUUCAUGGGCUGUCUGUCCUUUUGAUGCAGCUUGGCUCUUGGCGCAACCACAAUUUCAAAUAUCUACAGUUCAGAAGGAAGCUGAGUUCUUUAUCAACAGCUCACAAGCGAAGACAAACUUAAGUGACAAAAAAUUAUAUGAAAACGAUUAAGAUACUAUUGUACAUCUCACUUGUGAGGUUAAAUUGGUUUUAUACAGUCAUAGGACCAACGGAGCUGUAAUUGAUGAUUUAAUCUUAUGACUAGAUAUUGUAUGUCGGAGUCUGACAUACACUGAAAUAAAUUGUAUGUUGAAGCCUCUGACAUGUACUGAAAUAAAUCACUGCCACUCAUUCAUUUCCUGACUGCUGGAGUAAAUGAUUUGGCGAAGCUAGAGUGUUCCUUAAAGAUGAAGUUUCACAAGAAGUCAUCAUAAUAGAGACAGGAUUGAGAUGUAACAUUACUUUGUGAUUUAAGCAUUGCUGAGUCCCAUAAGAAAUAGCUUUCUUAAUGUGA